AUGCUUAAAGUGUUAAAAACUUUGCGGAUUAAUUCUUUGCGUCAAUUGAGCAAGUUUGCUUCUGCAAAUGAAGCUCUGGAACAACGCGGGGAUGUUUUAAAUUUGUCUGAACUUUCUAAUGGGCUUCGUGUUGCUUCAAGUUUGAACGGUCGACCGACUACUACGAUUGGUGUUUGGAUCGCUGGCGGUUCCCAACUUGAAACCAACGAAAAUAAUGGUGUGGCUACUGUUUUUGAAAAUAUUGUUCACAUGGGCUCAACAAAGCGUACUUCUAUUGAUCUUCAAAAAGAUCUUUCAAAAAUUGGAGCAAGUUUGUUUUCGUAUACAUCAAGAGAGCACUCCACAUUUUUUGUUGAAUGUUUCCCUAAUGAUGUUGAGAAAGUUGUUGAAAUCCUCUCUGAUGUUUUGACAAAUACAAAUAUUGACCAAUCCAAAUUAGAACAACAAAGAGCCGAUGCUCUCAAACGUUUAGAUUCUUAUGAAGACGAAAAUCGACAAGGAGUUGUUAUGGAUUAUCUUCAUAUGACUGCUUUUCAAGGAACUACAAUGGCUCAUUCUCCUCUUGGAAACUCCAAAGCUUUAGAUUAUGACCGCAAAGUUCCUUCUGGAUUUUUACCAACAAGCCGUUCUGGAUUAGAUUAUAUCCCAGCACCUCGCAUUCGCUUUACCGGUUCAGAAUUUCUUUAUCGUGAUGAUAGUUAUCCUUAUAUGUUUGGCGCUUUGGCUGUUGAAGGAGUAUCUAGAGGACAUAUGGAUUAUUUACCUUUGGAGGUUGCCAAAACUUUCUUUGGACAGUGGGACAAAACUUAUGCGGCUUCGUUAAACGCCCCUUCAUUACUUAUCCAAAAAGCGGCAGCAGAAGAGGAAAUGUUGGGAUUUGAGGCUUUUAAUAUUUCUUACAAUAAUACUGGACUUUUCGGCGUUUAUUUUGUCUUUCAUGGAGAAUUAAUUGAGCCUUGUUGUAAUGCAAUGAGUACAUUGUUGCAUCCUUUUAGAUACAUUUCAACAAGUAUAACUGAUGAAGAAACUGAAAGGGCGAAGAAUGCGUUAAAAACAAAUUUAUUUUCAAAUUUGGAGACAAACACCCAAAUUGCUAAUUAUAUUGCUACUGAGGUGUUGAGUACCGGAAAGAUAACUCCUCUAUCCGAACUUGAACGCAAAAUUUCGUUUAUUAGUGCGGAUACUGUUCAAGCUGCAAUGAUGGACCAUGUUUAUGAUCGAGAAAUUGCAUGCGCGGGAACUGGCAAAGUAGAGGCAUGGCCAAUAUAUCAAGAAAUGCGUGCUUCGAUGAGUUGGUGGCGUUUAUAG